AAAAGGUCACAGAUGAGCACAUUAUUACUCAUGCAGUGUGGAAAUGCCAUCAUCAAACCCUUGAGAAACUACAAAGGAAGUAUCAUCUCACCACUCAAGCUAAGAAUCAAGGCCAAGGUCAGAUUAUUCCUGUCAUCAUGUCCACUAUUGAUCUUCUGCUCAGGGACCUGGGUUACAAUACAUUAGGUACCAUUGGGGAAGGAGCCUAUUCAAAGGUCAAAAUGGCAACAUCAAGCAAAUACCAGUGCAAGGUGGCCAUUAAGGUCAUGGACAAGAAAAAGGUCCCAGUUGAAUAUACCAUGAAAUUUUUACCCCGAGAGCUGGACAUUUUGAGGAAAAUUCGACAUCCCAAUAUCAUAAGGGCUUUUGAGUUUAUUGAGAUAAGUAAUGGACUACAUUUUAUAGUAAUGGAAUUGUGUUUCACAGACCUCCUGCAGUUAGUACAGAGUGCAGGAAGGAUAUCAGACAAAAUGUCUAAACAUCUAUUCAAGCAGAUCACCCUAGCCAUCAAGUAUCUACAUGAGCAUCAUGUGACACACAGAGAUUUAAAGUGUGAGAACGUACUUAUUACAUCAGAUCAUAAUGCCAAGAUAACAGACUUCAGUUUUGGAACCAUGUUGCCGAAUCACUCAACACUAUGUACCACUUACUGUGGCUCUGCAGCAUAUGCUUCUCCAGAGGUGCUGCAGGGUAUACCCUAUGACCCAAGAAAGUAUGACGUUUGGACCCUGGGAGUGAUUCUCUACAUAAUGGUGACUGGAAAUAUGCCAUUUGAUGACUCCAAUGUGAGUGCGCUGCCAAAAAUUCAGCAGGUAGGAGUGAUGUUUCCUGAAGCUAUAGAAGUGGAUGCAAAAUGCAGAAGUCUCAUCAAAGAAAUCCUGCAGUACCACCCUGAAGAUCGGCCUGAUAUGGUCACACUAAUAAAGCAUGAAUGGCUACUAAUAGCAUAAAACCAUCAAUAAAGAUAAAGCUUAA